UUUUCAGUUUCUGUCAUCUUACUUGUCAGCUCACCCUGAUGUUCGUGUGUCGUGUGAUUCUGUUGUGCUUUUUUAAGUUAAUUUGAUUGUCGCGCGCAGUACUAAAAAACUCCACAUUCAUGUAAUUUUAGUCGAUGUUUUUUUAACAAUGAAGCUACCAGAUAAAGAUUUUUACUUCAUGUCUUUCCUACACCUUUAACAUUUUUUAUUGUAUUAUAGUGUGCUUAUGUACACACUUUAAUACUUAUGUACACACUUUCACAAAAAAGUGAAAUUUCAUCCACUAAACAUUUCACCCUGAGUAAUAGAGUACCUAUGGAGUGUAUUACGCAAGGCCAAUGUCAGUAUUUUGUGGUGAGGAAGAAGAGACUCUGCCGUAUGACUGUGCGGCCAGGCCGGCAGUACUGCGGAGAGCACGAACCUCAACCGCCUGGGUCUGAGUGUCAGGACGAUAGACGAAUACCAUGCCCAAAUGACCCCAAACACACAGUGUAUGUCAGUAAACUGGAGAAGCACCUUUCUAUCUGCAAUGCGCGCGCUAGAGAACAACCUCCUUAUAUUGUGCCAAAUAUCAAUGCGCCCACUGAAGGAGAAACAUGUGUCCGCAAGCCACUUGCGCAGCUAUCUCGCGAGACAAUCAUGCAAGUCAUUGACAAAAUUAACUAUUUGUAUGACACUUGUCAGCUGUGUCAUGGGGUAUGGAAUGAAUUAUUCUUGUGCAGAGCAUGUGGAGGGCAACAUAACAACAUUCCCUGAACAUCCAAUCCACAAAACGAUAGUCGAAGAGUUCUCGGAGAGCGAUCGCACUGAGAGCUCACGCAGACAUCUGCGGCAAGUGUCCGCCCUGCUGCACCUGGCGGAGGAGGAGGGACUCGUCGGCGCCGGCACAUGCUACGUGGAACUGGGAGCUGGGAAAGGGCACAUGUCGUACUACGCGUGGCAGGCGUGGGGCUCGCAGGGCGGCGCCGUGGUGCUGCUGGACCGCGCGGCGCUGCGCCACAAGCGCGACAACAAACUGCGCGCCGCGCGCCGCCUGCGGGCCGACCUGCGCCACGUGGCCCUGGCGCGCCUCGACGACGUGGCGGCCGCGCCCGCGCUGCUGGCGCUGGCCAAGCACCUGUGCGGCGUCGCCACCGACUAUGCGCUGCGCUGCGUGACUGCGGAGGCAGGCGCGGGCCCGCGGCGCCGCGGGGUGCUGCUGGCGACGUGCUGCCACCACCGCUGCGAGCUGGCCGCCUUCCUCGCGCCCGGGCCCCUGCAGGAGCUGGGUAUAACUGGUGAGGAAUUCAACGUGAUGCUGGGCAUCGUGUCGUGGGCGACGUGUGGCGACGGCCGCAGCCGAGACGCGCGCAACAAGCCCGACCACGCCGGGGACGGCGGCGAGCCUGCAGUACGAGAGGAGACCGAGCCUGCAGCAGUGAAGGAGGCGGAGCGUGUGAUACUGCCGCAGGAGUCCCGCGAGGCGGUGGGGCGGCGCGCCAAGCAGUUGCUGGACUGGCUGCGCGUGCUCCGCCUGCGGGAGCUGGGGUUCGAUGCUAGACUGUGCUUCUACGUGCCGGUUACCGUGUCCCCGGAGAAUGUGUGCAUUGUUGCAAAAAAGUUUAGCUGAGUGUGCCUUAUGAUUGUAUAUUAUAAUUUGGCUAAAGAAUA